AUGGUCAAUAUGAAUCUAUCUCCUGCCUUGCAAUUUUCUAAAUAUGGAACAGUGGGCAAACCUCCCUUUACCAGAUCUUACUUUUACACAUUCAGAAAUUACAAUGUUUGGAAUUUAUGCUGUUUUUCAGGAGCCUUUGGUCAAGGAGAAAAGAUUAAUUGUGGUGAGUUCCGUAACCCCAAUAUCUUCUGUACUCGGGAAUCCGACCCACUCUGUGGCUCUGAUGGUCUCACAUAUGGAAAUAAAUGUGCCUUCUGCAAGGCAUUGGCGAAAAGUUCUGGGAAGAUCAACCUAAAGCAUCGUGGGAAAUGCUGA